UAGAUGAAAUGGUAGUACAACUAGUAGAGAGAGAGAGAGUGAAUAAUGAGUCAUUGAAAAGAAGAGGAAGAGAAGCAAGUGGUUAGAGAGAGAGAGAGAGAGGGUGGGAUGCUUUCGGCUGAGCUUGCUCAAUCUGGCCUCGUCUAUGCUGUAUUGGGGAGUUAGAGAUACAAGGAAGGCUCUUGGAACAUCUCUCUUUCUUUCUUUCUCUCUCUCUCUCUGUCUUUCUACUUUGUCCUAGGUUGUUUCAUUUCUUUCCCUCAUAACUCUCUUCUUUACCUUCUUCACUUCUCUUCCCCACACAUCUUCUUACCUCCGUCUUAGCUGAGGAAGAAAAGAGAGAGCUUUUUUCUUUUUUCUUUUAUUUUUUUUCAUUUUUGUACGAAACACACCCGUAUAUUUAUAAUCUGGGUUUUUAUGGGAGAAUAAAAGGUCAUUAGCUCAAAGAGAAGAAUAGAAAUCUUGUCGUUGCCGGAGAUCACAGCGAAGACAAAGAGAAAAGGAAAAAAAAAAUGUGGGAUCUCAAUGACUCGCCUGAUCAGAGACGGGACGACGAAUCGGAAGGCUGCUCUUCCCAGAAGGCCUCGUUUGAUGGAGACGAUGACAAGGGAAAACGGGUCGGAUCCGUGUCCAAUUCGAGCUCCUCCGCGGUGGUCAUCGAGGACGGAUCCGACGACGAUCAGGACGGUGACCGAGGGAGAGUGAUCAAGCGGCCCAGCAACAGCAACAUCGGCAACAGCAAGUUGUUCGGGUUCUCGUUCACCGAGAACGGCUCGCCACCGGUGGUGACCCGGCAGUUCUUCCCAGUGGACGAGUCGGAAACGGGGGCCACGUCCGGUGCCGGAGGCGGUGGCGGCCCCACUGCCUCUGCUGGUGCGUUCCCUCGGGCUCACUGGGUCGGCGUCAAGUUUUGCCAAUCGGAUUCGCUUAGCCCCGGAAAAUCGGUGGAGGUCUCGCAGCCCCUCAAGAAGAGCCGGCGUGGACCGAGGUCGAGGAGCUCCCAGUAUCGCGGUGUUACGUUUUACCGGAGAACUGGUCGGUGGGAGUCUCACAUAUGGGAUUGUGGGAAGCAAGUUUAUCUGGGUGGAUUUGACACCGCUCAUGCAGCUGCUCGUGCAUAUGAUAGGGCAGCCAUCAAGUUCCGGGGAGUGGAGGCAGACAUCAAUUUCAGUAUCGAAGACUAUGAGGAAGACUUGAAACAGAUGAGCAAUCUAACCAAGGAAGAGUUUGUCCACGUACUUCGCCGACAAAGCACCGGAUUUCCUAGAGGAAGCUCCAAGUAUCGUGGGGUAACCUUGCACAAGUGUGGAAGGUGGGAGGCACGAAUGGGCCAAUUUUUAGGCAAAAAAUACGUUUAUUUGGGUUUGUUCGACACCGAGAUUGAAGCGGCAAGGGCUUACGAUAAAGCUGCAAUUAAGUGUAACGGAAAAGAAGCUGUCACCAACUUUGAUCCAAGCAUUUACGAGAACGAGCUUAACUCUUCUGAAUCUUCAGGUAAUGCGGCAGGCCACAACCUUGAUUUGAGCUUGGGCAAUUCAAACCCAAAGCAAAACAGUUUGGCGGUGGGGAAUGAUUCUUCCAAUGCUGCAACGGGUCAGCAUUUGGCUCCGAUGCCAUUCGAACCUGAUUGGCAAAAUCGAGGAUUUAGGCCUAAGGAACUAUGUAGAGUUGACGGUGAGGCACCCAGAAGAGAUGGGUACACCGAGUCUGAAACCAUGCAGCUUCUGAGCCGAUCCCACCUUCAAUCUCCACCCUCUAACGAAAUGCAAAGAUGUGGACAAGGGCAAUUCAGAAGGCCUGGAGACACCCAGACGCUUCCCGGUUUUCCCCCGCACAUUAACGCACCCAAUUUUCACGUUCAGUAUCAAAGCGGCAGCAAUGGAGGCCGAAUUGGAGGAGAUCUUUCAUUGUCAAUAAAUGAGCAACAAUGGCAGUCCGGUCCUCCCCAAUUGUUUGCAGCUGCUGCAGCAUCAUCAGGAUUCCCAGCGCAGAUUAGAGCCCCCCAGUAUUGGCCGCACAACAAUGGGUUCCAUUCUCUCAUGAGACCCUCCUCCUGACCGACCCAAUUUGGUUGAAUAUUGCCUACUAAUCUUCCAAUCUUUCCCAACAUUUUUGUAAGCUUGUAGUUGUAAAGAUAAAAUGCUCUCUCAUAUUUUCAGUUGGUUUCCAACCCUCUAUUGAAAGAUAACCAUAAUUGUUGUAAAGAGAAAAGGAACGAGAAUUCCAUCUCUCUGGUCUCUGGGAAAUGUUGGUCUUGGGUCAAACGAAGAAAGCAACACAAUUUCAACUAGA